GCGCCAACGCCCACACAAGCAGCAGAAACUAGAUAGAUAAUCACAAACUUUGAAAUAACCAAAAUCGAAGCCAACCACCAAAACUCUCUCUCCAUCUCUCUCCCGGACACGCUCUUCUGGCGGCGCGUCGAAUUCAGUCGCGGCAGAACUAUGGGACAGUCUUCUUCCUUUCCCGAGGCUCCAGCGGAGCAUGGUCAUAGAGAAAUCUCAACCAGCCGCCGGUUCAGCUUCAAACCGAUGCCGAUUCUUUCCUCCUCGCCAGUUCAGCCCGACGAAGAACCGGACUUUUACGAGGAAGUCACUCACGGACGAGACUACACUGCCGAUCUUCCCGACGAGUGUUUGGCCAGUAUUUUCCAUUUCCUCGGCUCCGGCGACCGGAAACAGAGUUCGCUCGUCUGCCACCGUUGGUUCCGAGUGGACGGCCAGAGCCGGCACCGCCUCUCUCUCAAAGCCCAAGCCGGGCUCCUCCCUUUCCUGCCUUCUCUCUUCGUUCGCUUCGACUCGGUCACGAAGCUCGCGCUUCGCUGCGAUCGCAAAUCGAUCAGCCUCGACGACGACGCUUUGGUCCUGAUCUCGAUCCGCUGCAAGAGCCUCACGCGGCUCAAGCUUCGUGGCUGCCGCGAAAUCACCGACCUAGGGAUGGCCUCGUUCGCGCAGAACUGUAAAGGCUUGAAGAAGCUAUCGUGCGGCUCGUGCAUGUUCGGUUCCAAAGCCAUGAACGCCGUCGUCGAGCACUGCACGGCGCUCGAGGAGCUCUCGGUGAAGCGGCUCCGUGGCGUCCAAGACGGCUCCGAGCCGAUCGGCGCAGAGAUGGCGUCGUCCUCGCUGAAAUCUAUAACCUUGAAGGAGAUACUUAAUGGACAGUGCUUUGGACCGCUUAUAGUCGGUUCGAAAAAUCUCAAGACUUUGAAGCUAAUCCGCUGUUUGGGGGAUUGGGAUAGGGUUUUGGAAAAGCUUGGAAAUGGAUAUCGGGGUUUGAUUGAAAUUCACCUAGAGAGGUUGCAAGUGACCGAUUUGGGGCUUUCGGGGAUUUCGAAAUGCUCGAAUUUGGAGGUCUUGCACAUUGUUAAGGCUCCUGAGUGUUCGAAUUUUGGUCUUAUUUGUGUUGCCGAACACUGUAAACUACUGAGGAAGCUUCACAUUGAUGGAUGGAGGACGAAUAGGAUUGGGGAUGAGGGUUUGAUUGCCAUAGCUAAAGAGUGCCCAAACAUACAAGAGCUUGUUCUGAUUGGCGUCAAUCCCACCUCUUUGAGCUUGACGGCAAUAGCUUCCAAUUGCCAGAAGCUGGAAAGGUUGGCGCUUUGCGGUAGUGGCUCAAUUGGGGAUGCAGAGUUUGCUUGCAUUGCUGCAAAAUGCGUGGCGCUGAAGAAGCUUUGUAUCAAGGGGUGCCCAAUUUCCAAUGUUGGUCUUGAAAUGCUUGCUUGGGGUUGUCCUAGUUUGGCCAAGAUUAAGGUCAAGAAGUGCAGAGGAGUGAGCGGUGAGGCCGCAGAGUGGUUGCGGGAACGGAGAGGAUCCUUGACUGUGAAUUGGGAUGCUGGUGAAAUUGGAUCAAUCGAUCCUAGUGGCUGUGCAAGUGGAGCUGUGGAAAGCGGGAUGGAGUUUCAGAUGGAUCACGUAGCUGUUGCUAUUGCUCCAUCAAGUAGCAAUGGUCCAUUGGCAUUGUUUAGAACAAAGUUUGGGUUUUUUUCAGGUAGGAGCUUUGUUCCAUGCACAUUCAGAAGGUGGCCAGUUAGUGAGAGUAGUUCCAGUGGAAACUCGUAGGGAAUCUUUAUGUGGGCGACCGAAGUUGCCUUCGGUGCCUCAGCUCACGUUGUCAUGUUGUUUUACAUUACAGUUAAUUGGUCAAUUGAAUUUCUUCUGUAUUCAUUUUCGGCCUUAUGAUGCUGUGUUGGAUUUUUGUUCGCAAAGAAAUGCCUUCAGAAAAGCUGGCAUUCAAGUUGUACUUAUUUAGGUCAAUUGUCCAGGAAACAUACCUACUUCAUUUUCUGCAGUUUUGGUAAUUUGCUUCUUUGAGAACUUGUUUACUUUUUCCUACAUUUUCCCCUUGA